AUGCCCAUCGAGUGGCCAAAGGACUCGUCGCAGUCCGAUAUCGACGACGACACCUCGUCUCUCGGGUCGUACCUGUCCUCAUCAGACGAGUCGUUUGACAGCGAGGACCAGUCCGCACUCAUCCAGGAGGAGUGGGAGGAGAGCAUGCGCCAAAUCGAGGCCGUGCUGAGCGUCAUCAUUCUGCCCUUCUUCGGCAAGUGGUGGGGGCGACGAUUUGCUUUCUGGGCGUAUGACCGCUACAAGAUCUUCGGGUGGACGCCCGCCAUUGUCGGCCUCUCGCGGUAG